CUCUCUCUGCUCUUGCUCUGUUCUUGUUGUGUUCUUCUUCCUUUCCCACCACGCGCUGCAGCUGGGAGAAGAUCAAGCUGUGGAGACACGGCCUUGUUUGCACUUGACGUAGAUAUAUUUUGAACGGAAAGAUGACGCGGUUGAUGCUGGCGUCCCUGCUGCUACUGCUGCAUCAUUUCACGCCCGCGACCGGCUUUACGACGACCGGCUCGUGUAGAUGCAAUCUCCGAAUGAGCUCUGGGUCGCCACGAACUCCGACGGAACAGCAAGGCGGGGUGCCGGAGUCGCGGCAAAAAUUCCUCAGUGGAUUAUUCGGGGGUGUGACUGCUCUAGCGCUACCGCUCGCGGCCCUGGCUGAUCCACCGCUGGAAAAGUUCAAGAAAGAUGAGGUUUGCCUUCAGAGGGGCCUGAACGGAGCCUGUGUCAAGUUCGGAGUUGACGAUACUAUGGAGGAGGUGGCAAGCAUUUCGACAAAAGCUCCGGCACAGGAAGAGCCGGAGAGCGAGUUGAUGGCGACACUAAAGAGAAGAACAAUAGAGAACAAGGCCAAGAACGACGAAGAAAUCGCCACUAAAACUUUCGCCAACGGGCAGUCUGGAGAGUUCGGGCCAUUCAGCAGAUAUGUUCCAGUCAAGCACAAGGACACGGGAAAGUUCGAGCUGGUGCUCAUCAGCGAGCUGGAGGAAAUGAAGCGAAAUGGCUUGAUCGUUAGCGAGCGCCUCGGUGACGUUUUCGUCGACCCGAAAUGAGACGAAGAAGGCACACCGUUCAGCUCAUGCAGGAUGUUGGUUCGAUAUAGGCACGGCAGACUUUUGGCACGGUGUACAUGCUCAGUUUCCUCUCGCUCUUUUUCGUCUCGGUCUUCCUUCGAAUCAAUAAUUGGGCUGGGAGGGGAAUGGAGAGGGGAGCGGUCGUGUAGACAGACUGGAGUUUCCUACAUGCCCCUUCCCUUCUUUUGUUUCCUGCGGUGUUUGUCUUCAGUUUCGAACGUGAGGACCGUUCAGCAGUCGCUACCCUCUGUCUUGAGAGUACUCACGAUGUACUAACACUGAGACAAGGCCUUGGAGAUGGACCAAGAGAGAGAUACGAAUCAUGGUGUUCCGUGUAGAUUCAAACGUGAGCGCGGGUCACGUCCGCACGCCUUUAUAUUAUAUUUUCGACCUUUGUCUGCGUUUUGUUUUCAUCUGUCGAGAAUAAAGUGAGCCAACGUCAUAGCAACAUUAUGGCAAUACGAAGUAGAGUAUGAUCGGGCAACAUACGCAACGUCGUUGAGCUUGCUUUUGCGCUGAUGCAGCCUUGCUGCUGUGGCCCUUGGUGUGCACGCGAACACUCGAACGUUUGAUACACGUUUGUACCUGUGUUUACUUUC